GAAAUGAUGCUUUUCUUUUGUCUGAAAUCUUCUUGAAAGAAGUUUCAUUUUGUUAAAUAGCAGGUGUAUCCUAUCUAGGUCAGCUAAAUAACGUUGACAAAUAUUUGCAUAAGGACCAUUUAUAAAAGAGUUAGUGACGCUAGUCCAUAUUUACAGAUCACUUUAUAAAUAUCAGAAGAAUAUUUCUGAAUUCCACGGUAGUUCUUUCUUAAAUAGUGCUUGCACACAAAAGUUGCAAGCAUUUCAAGUGAAGUCUCGUUAAUUCUAAAGUAGUACUACUAGCCUUCAUAAAUGUCUUUGUGAUAUAAUAUACCAGAAAGUACCAGUAAAUCAGAAUGGGCAUUCUUGGAGUCAUAAUAUCUACCAUUGCAUGUCAGGUGAUCGGCUUCAUAUGGUAUGGACCGAACCCCAUUGGAAGGAUGUGGUUGAAUUCGUGCGGAAGAAGGAAAGAAGAGCUACAAAAGACCGGGAAUCUACCCUACCUGGUUGCUACGUUCUCUAAAGCAAUCACGGCUUACUUUCUAAAUGGAUUUUUAAGAGCUGGAAUGGGAGUCGUCACAGUAGAGGAAGCGUUCUAUGCCAGUAUCAAUUUGUCAAUCAUCGUUGCCUUGCUUGAAGCUACCCACGCCCCUUUCCACGGAGUAGGCCUACCGGCGUACCUCGUCAAUAUCGGCUAUGAUGCUGCGUGUUUGAUGGUCAUUGCAGUAUUAGUUAUAGCAUUUUAAUUUUUCCCCUUGUCGUCGUCCUUCCGCAUAUGUUUUCAGGUAUGUAGCCAGAGCCCGGUUACAUAAAAAUGAUACAACCAAUCUAAAUAUUACUUAUAAGUGUAUAGAAAUAUAUGAAUGAAAAGUUACAAUUGAUUGUUAUUAUCAAUUGUAUCUCUUUGUUUUACAGGGUUUGCCCCAUCAUUGAAAUUCACAAAAUUAUUGUCUUUUUUGAUCAUGUACAUGUAAAAUCAAUUAUUAUCAUGCCAUUGUAAUAUUGUAAUAAUUGAAAUGCAAUUCAAAUGUGCUAGUAAUCAUAGCAUAAUUUUAUUACAAGUAAUUUUGUAAGUUUUGGGGGUUUUCAGUAAAAAUAAUGCUACCCUUGUCAUCUUGACUUGAAGUUUGUACAGUUUUUUUGCACGCCAUUGUAACUGACAUCUUUAAAAGAUAAAUGUUAAACUAUUUGUAACCCCAUUCAUUUGUCAGCAAAUUGGUGCCCGUUAAUUUGAUUUUGUUAUUGGACAGAAAUAACAUGUGAAGAGAUUAAUUAUUGAUUUCAAUUGUGCCAAACACCUUAUUAUCUUUGCAAUACAUUUUUUGUUUUCUACCAUAGUCUAGUUCAUGGUAGGUCUACUGGGUAUGAAUAACAUUCCCAAUAAAAAGAAAAAAAACUUCUUUGAAAAUAUAAGGGGGUUUAUGAAAAUCAUCUUACUUUUGACAGAAUCUUUAUAAACUUUGAGCAAAUGGUUUUUUUUCUUCCGUCAUGCUUGAAAAAAAUAAGCCCAGCACAAAUGCCCUAAGAUGUGCUCUUGAAGUGCCAGUAUGCCCAUGUUUGUUAAAAGUUAUUAUUAUUUUACAUGUUUUUUUAAAUAAUGAUUUUGAUAUCUCUUGUAUAUUUCUUAUUUUUGAAUUGUGAGCCAA